UCGUGCGUCGAGCAAAGGUGUUUUUUUUCUCGUGCCGUUUUCCAACGCAUAUUUUGUCGUGUGAAAAAUUAGUGAAGCCAUGAAUAUGCUGAAGCAAUGUAACUUUUGCCAGCAGCCGGCGGAUCUCAUGUGUAGCCGCUGCUUGGAAGUGUACUGCACCGUCGAAUGCCAGAUUCGCGAUUGGUCAGAACACAAGCGGAUUUGCAUCAGUAUUCCGAAGCUGUAUCCAAACGAUAGCUACGUAGAUCUUUUAAGUGGUGGCUUGGCACCACCUCGAAAGGGAGCGAUUUUCGCUGACCAAAGUUCUCUACGUAUUCUGGCAAACAACAGUCGUUCGUUGAAACCACUGCGCAAACCAAAUGUUCCCCUCGGCACAAUUGAGAUAUCGGUGAAUCGAGAAAACACUUUCAAACCUGUUGAAAAGGCAGUAGAAGCUAAAACAACAAGCCCAACUAAAACGACUACCAAUAUUCAAAUCACAGCACCGUCCGCUUCCAAUGAGAAAAGAUCUUCGCAGGUUAAAAUCGAGGAAGUAUCGGAAUCCUCAACCGUUCCAGAGAAACCACAAUCAUUGGCCAAACUCAAACUGGAAGUCCUCAAGAAUCAUCAGUCGAACAAAAAGAAGAACGACGCUGCGAAACCUGAUGAAAGCGACAGGAACCAACAACGUAAACCGUGGCUGUUUCCAUUUCCAGUGGACAAAAAAAAUGGCGAACCAUUCGAUGUAAUUGUACAAUGUAGAGUUCCAGAUCAACAAAACGCCUUUUGGGUAAUUCAGGCCACGCACGAAACUCAAUGUGACAAACUGCUACGUGAUAUCCACAGCCAACUGAACACCAAAGCAGUUCAAUUUAUCGAGUACGAUAAAAUACAGGUGGACGACAUCUUUGCUGCUCCUUUCGAAGAUAUUUACUACAGGGUUGUCAUUCUUGAGAAGGUGGACCCGGCAAAGCACCUUUUGAGAGUGCGUCUCAUAGACUACGGCAAUGAGAUAACAAUCCCCGCUAGUGAUCUUCGUGAGCCCCUUUUGCUCAUGAAAAACCUUCGGGCAUUCGCAUUCCAAAUAGAGAUUGCCAACCUAAACCGAAAAUUAGAGCUAUGCGAAAAUCUUUGCAUUCGCGUCGUUCAAAACAAUCAAGAUCGCAUGAUCGUCGAAAUGGCCAAUCGACCUGUAACUUAUUUACUAGACAUCGUCGGGCGUAGCGAGAAUAAGUCCGGUGCUGGUGGAAUAAUCACCAUCCUAACACCGAAGACCCUUUUGAUAAUGUUGACUUGUUCGCAUGUCAAACCUAUUAUGAAAGAGCUGUACACACAGCUACCAGAGGCCGCAGUAAGUUUUACAGCUGUCUCGGCGCCCAAGGUAGGCGAUGUGAUCUGCGUUAAUGCACCUGGUGUCGGAUGGUCUCGGGGUUUGAUCAUCAGCACCCAUGCAACCAAUUUUCUAAUAUAUACGGUAGAUAAUGGUACAAUCGAACUGAUUUCCAAAGACGAAAUGAUUCGAACUCUCCCUGAAGACUAUAAAAGAAAACCCAAGCUGGUCUUGCAAAUGGAUAUCGAGCGAAUCCUAAUGAAUGAGGAAGAAUUCAAGAAUAAGUUCUUCAUGCCUAGCAUCGCAUUUAGCUAUGAUAAUCUCGGCUACGAUGAGGAAAAGCGUGUAAUGAAAGGUAUGAUCAAAGAUACCGAAGGUAUCAAGCUGUUAGCGGAAGCCUUGUUUCGAGAAUUUGAUUUCGAUCUCCAAAAGAUGGGCAUCAGAUAUUGGCAGGUUAUUCCUCAAGAUAAAUGCAUCGUUCGAAUUACUUCAGUGAUCGAUGUUAGCACAGUUAUCAUAUGCCCUCAUGACAAAAUAAAUAUGUUCACCGAACUAUUGCAAUCCAUGUUACCUGAUUUAACACAGCUUAAAACAAAACCCGCUCCCAAUGAUAUCGUCAUAGGGAUGGAUGAUAUUAUGAUGCCUUAUAGAGCACGCGUUCUGAAAGUUGAUCCUCAAGGUGAACUACAGCUGCUAGAUCUCGAUAACGGAAAUAUCAAGAAAAUUCAUAAUGGUACGUUUUAUGCACCUAAUCAAUUUGUGUCGCAUUUGCCUGUCCACACUAUGAAAAUUAAGAUACGUGACCUAAAUCCGACCCUCGUCAGAGAUGCCUCGAAUGCAGUUGACUUUUUGAAUAAUUUACGUUCCGACCAGCGCAAACUGAGGCUCCUAUUUGAAGGAUCGUCGUUCGCUUCAGGCGUCAAGUUGAUUGAUACGACCACAAACCGUACGAUUGUUUCCAGUCUUAUGGAGGAACUCGAGAAAAAACAACAAGAGGUCCCCGAAUCGAAAGUAUCAAUCGCAGAUAAGCCUAACCCGGAAAAAGAACGAAUCACAGAAACUAAGCCCCAAACAGUAGAGGCCGGUCAAACGAAUACCAAGGAAGUACAAAAGGUUACGGAGACCAAACAAGCUACAUCGCAACCAGAUAAGUUUAUGCUUGAUGAUUUACCGUUGAUAAAGUUGACAACAGAUCGGAAUGAUGUUAAACUCACAAUUCUGGAUGACGGUGAUCUUAAACAUGGCAUUCUUACCGUGACUGAAAUCACUCCAGAAAAUGUGCGGUUUUAUGAAACUGUAACCGUAAAAGUCAACACCCUUGCUGCGAAAAUUGGAGGCGAUUGCUACAACCCCGAACCCAACGAACUAUGUGUUGCCGUUUUUGAUGAAGAUAAACUGUGGUAUCGGGCGGUUUGUUUACAGCAAGCGGACGAUCGCAGUACUUUUGUAGUACAGUUUAUAGAUUUUGGUAAUGUGUGCCCAGUCAAACCUAGUAACAUCCGACGAUUAUCAAAAGAGUUGCUUUUUCCAUGCGCCGCCCAUCUGUGUAAACUUGAUGAUGCAGAUAAAUCGUUGGCAGUACUAAUCGAACAACAACGAACGCUUGGCCAUGUGGUUCCAAAGCUAAUACAGGCAGACGGAGAUAUUUACACGCUGAAAUUUUAACGUUACCGUUAAAAGGCGGUACCAGGACUAUCAGGUGUUUUAUGAUGUUAAAGAUUUAAGUUGUUAAUCAUGAAAGUCGUUUGUUUCUGUUAUUCUUCAUUAUUAUUUUCAUUUUUUGACAUUAUUGCGAAAAAAUUUGCAAUAUGUUUUUGUUUUCUAAAGUGUGCAUUUUCAUAUUAAUUUUUUU